GCGGGCCUACUCGGAGUGCACGCGUGCAGCUUGAAGGUCAGCGCAGUUCUGCUUGACGCUUUUCCACUGUGGGCUCCUUCUGAGGCAUCUCGCUCUCUUUCACAGAGAGGGGCUUUUAGCAUUUGUUCACCCCCCACCCCCUGACUCUAAAGCAGUCCCAGAUGCGCCUCUUUGAGCUUGUGCGAGCAAGGGCGCGUCAGUGUGCACUGCGUGGAAGUUCGAGGAGAGCCGAAUAGAAGGGGCAGGGCGAGAAUACCAGCUUGGAUUCUGCAGAUCUUUCUUUUUUUUUGUUUUUUUUAAAUUCUUUUUUUUUUAAAGAAAACUUUUUUAAGGUAUGAACGCAGAUACGUGCGUUUCAUACUGUGACAUGACUUCGAUGGAUGCGUAUUAUAGUCCUCCUGCCUCACAAGGUAGGGAGCACCAGGCGAAUCCGUUCAGGACAUUCGGCAGUACCGAGGCCAAAUACAGCCCCACGUUCGGGGCGAGUAAAGCGCAGACGUACGGGGAGAAAUCCCGGAGUCCUUUCCAGACCGAGUGCCAAUCGCUGGACGGCGCGGAGGGAGAGGGCCCCUUCCACAAGUACCAGCUCUUCAUGCACAGACCCACCUGCAAGACGCCCCCCGAGGGCGGCAAGCUGCACACGGACGGAGGCCCCAACGGCAUCCUCCCCUGCUACGGAAAAGACAGCGGCCUGACAGAGUCCGAGUUGCCCUCCAGCGUUGACCCCCCUGGGAUGGAGAGCAGCUACCUAAAUCUAAAGGAAGCAGGAGCGAAGGGGUCAGGCGAGCGUCCCGGCUCUGAUCUUUCCAGCCCUCUGGAUAAAAGCGAGGCCGAGAGCAACAAAGGCAAGAAGAGGCGCAAUCGCACUACGUUUACCAGCUAUCAGCUGGAGGAGCUGGAGAAGGUUUUCCAGAAGACACACUACCCAGAUGUGUACGCUCGCGAGCAGCUGGCACUCAGAACAGACCUGACGGAAGCUCGCGUUCAGGUGUGGUUCCAGAAUCGCCGGGCCAAAUGGAGGAAGAGGGAGCGCUUUGGCCAAAUGCAACAGGUUCGAACGCAUUUCUCCACGGCUUAUGAGCUGCCUCUUCUAACUCGGCCUGAGAACUACGCGCAGAUGCAAAACCCUUCAUGGAUCGGUGGCAGCAGCGGCGCCUCUCCAGUGCCGGGCUGUGUUGUUCCUUGCGAUACCGUCCCCCCAUGCAUGCCCCCUCAUCCUCAUAGUCACGGGGGGGUCCCCGACUUUCUGGGUGUGCCAAGCCCAGGGAGCAGCCACAUGGGACAGACACAGAUGGGCAGCCUUUUUGGGGGACCUGGAAUGGUCGGGGGGAUUAAUGGCUAUGAUCUGAAUGUCGACCCGGACCGCAAGUCUUCCAGCAUAGCAGCGCUGCGUAUGAAGGCCAAGGAGCACAGUGCCGCCAUUUCUUGGGCCACAUGAUGUUACAACCAAGUCCCCCCCUCACCCCCCCGUUGGCCGCUUCUCUUCAGCAGCCAUCAUCAAGCACUGCGGGGGAGUUUUGCUGAGAGCACUAAUGAUAACACAGGUCAAAUGAACAGGGAGAGGCUGUAGAGAUAGCACGGACCAUUGUAGCGGCCAACACAAUGGAGAUAACAACUGUGACAGUGACAAUAAGCAGAAACUGAAAGUUCCAAAAGGUAGAGGAGAAAAUCAGAUCCAAGCGUUUCUGAUUCCUCUCCGUCUCAGGUCUUGGUCAAAUACUUGGUGACACGGACAAAACAAUCGUUUUCAGGAAAAAAAACAAGAUCAUGAAUAGGAUUUACCAAAGAUAUAUAAACUCUGAUUCAAUUCCCCAUCAGUCAAAAUGAAACCACUUUCGACUUGCCUCAAAUACAGUAAAAAAUGAUAUCAUUUACAUUUCUGAAUAAUUAUCAGGGCUCUGCCAGGAUUUGGAUGAUACAGCUGGAUUCACCCUGCGGGUCAUAGCGGUCACUUCAGAGUUGAUGCACAGUAUUUGGACUGCCUAUUUACAUUGAUUCAAAAGCAUUGUGUCGCACAUUUCAGCUGCAUUUAUUGAAAAAACCAAAAGGCUGCGACCGCAUUGAAGUAAAGGAAAAUAAAUUAACAUUUUCCAAUUGUGGUGUUGCGUUACGUUGACCCUUCCCCCCUGCGGUUUAAAUUGCAAGUUGCAAUUUUGAACUGGCCGCACAUUGCAAUCAUUUUCUUACACUUCUUUCAUGCUCUUAGUACCGAUGUGCCAUUUUGUUUUCGCUCUUUUGACUGACUGUGGGUAUUGCGUGCAUAUUUUGAUUAUUUCACAGGGUAUCAAUCUGCCAGUUUACACUGCAGUAGCUUUGGUAGAUAUCCGUUUUAUAGCAAACCCCCCACCCCCAACCCCUCCCCGUUACACUUGUGGAAGGGAGUACUGAUUUGAUUGGAUGACCGUCCUUUAUGUUGCCAUUUCUAAAUGAUAUCGGCAGUCAUUUCAAGCCACAUGUUAUUUCCUCCCACAGAGCAACCUCCACAGGUUCCCCUGUCAGGCCCCGGCCUCGAGUUACAGGAAACUGGGCGUCACCAGUGGUAGACAAGGCACAGCGGUAGCCUUCAACACCAACUAGUCACGCCAACUUCGACCAGCAACCGAUGUAACUAGACACACUCCAUUAGCAUCAAAGUGAGCUGUUUUUUUUUGCCCCUGUGAACACCAAUGUGAAAAAUAACGGCGAGGACACACUGGUCGAAAUGUAAUGAGCCGGGUUCUGGUUCAACGCAGGCUAACGGAGAGGACUCCUGAUUCACAGAAUCCAACAUGCCCCAGACUGAAGGAUAAAUCAUCGGUCCUGAUUGCUAAGUGGAAGAAUUCUGUAAUGUUUAGGUAACGUGAUGACAUUCAUGCUGGAGUGCAGGAAGGUGGAGAGUAUACAUUGCAGGGGUGUCUGUGUGUUACCCUCCCCUGGAAUAAGAGUAUCCCCAGAGUUUGGGCGCAGGCUGACACCAACUGACUUUUUUUUUUUUUGCUGAACUCCAAAAUAUCAAAUUUGUGAUGUGAAAGAAAUCCUGUCAUGACAUCAUAAUUACCUCAAGCGAGCACUUCUUGGUACAGGGAUUGUUUUGGGUUACCUAUAAAACAUGUCGAGUGUGACAUUUAUCGGCAGGCUUUUCACCACUUUUGCGUUGAGAAUAACACAUCAAAUGACAGUAUUUGAUUGUAAGAAUUAAACAGAUCUUUCAGUUCCUGGAUUUAAACUCACAGGAUGCGUUGGAUGAAACUGUAGGUGUGGUUUGCUCGAAUUCCUAUUUCGGGAUGACCGCUUGAUUGUCUCGUUGGUCCACCCAUGCGUGCUUUCAACUGCAGCUCUUUCCGUGAUGAUACUACUGAAAAAUUAUUGUGUGUGAAUGUGAACGGUAUGUAUGGUAUUGUUCUGUUGCUUGUGCAUUUGUUUUACGUAUGUGUCCAAUAAUGGACCUCCAACGGCCAAACCAUUGAAGUAUUGCAGUGAUAUUGGCAAAUAAUAUUACAUUGUGUUCAGCAUUAUUUCUGAAGAAAAUGUUGCUCCGGGCUGUUUAAAUUGCUUUCUAAUUUUUCUAAUGGCUUCAAGCUGUUUUUUUUCCUUUCUAUAAUAACCAAGUAUUUCUACUUAUGGUAGCGAUUUUAUAUCAUGUGCCAUUGCAAUAAGUUAUUGCACUUACAAUUUUGAGAAUUGUGCGUUUAUACUUCCACUGGGACAGAAGUCUCAGGUUGUUCCGUGUUGCAAAAAAAAUGUUGCUUUAAGCCAUCCCGAUUUCGCGCCGUGACACAUCUGCUCAAGGUGCUGGACAUUCGUUUGUACAGUGAUGACUUGUUUUUCAUUUGAUGGAUUGAAGUGAUGUAAUAAAAUCCAAUACAGUCCGA